UCCGCGGACGUCGAGGCUAAGUUGAAGGAGAUUGUCGCCGAGCAGCUCGGCGUCGAGCAGGCCUCCAUCACCGCCGAGGCGUCCUUCGCGUCCGACCUCGGCGCCGACUCCCUCGACGUCGUCAUGAAGAUCGAGGAGGAGUUCGGCGUCGAGCUCCCCGACGAGCGCGCCGAGGAGGUCCAGAACCUCAGCGACGCCGUCCGCGUCGUCAACGACCUCCUGUAA